UGUGAAUAUUACGUCACGUUGUAAUUUUCACACAGAGACAAAGUAGGGAGUGGUGAUCUCGGCUUAUGAGAACACACUGACUUUAAAUGAAACUGACAUCCACUUUGGAAUGGAGGAAGUAGCAGCAGUGUGUGAGCUCCUGUGAGAUUAUGAAGGUUAAAAUGGAUUCUCAGUCUGGACAUCCUGCUAGAACAAAAUGACGGAACCACACAAACGUGGAUGUACACCUAGCUUGUCUCUGAUAUCAAAGCGAUGGCGUUUUCUAGAUUCCGGUGGAUCUGCACUUUUAUUGGACUGAUCUUCUCCGUGGUGGAUAUAGCAUCUGAUUUCUUGCUGAGCUUGCAGUAUUUCAGGGAAGGACACUACACCUGGUUUGCUCUGACACUCUCGUUUAUUCUCAUCGGAUCUCUGUGCACACAGAUUUUCAGCUACUCUUGGUUUAGAGAUGAUUGUAACGGCGAGGAGGAGACAAAUAUGCAAACGACUCAUAUGGGCUUGCUCCAUCUCUUACACCUGGGCUUCUUCACCAGGUACUGCGACCUGCUGAAGAGGAGCUUUGGUUGUGUAUGGAGGGCGGACUCCGGGUCAAGUAAUGCGCGGGAGCUGUUUGGGUUGGCGGCUGAUCUCAGCAUGCUGCGGCUGAUGGAGACAUUUGUGGAGAGCGUUCCUCAGCUCCUCCUACAGACAUGCAUCAUGCUGCAGCACCAACGCACCUCCAAACUACAGUAUCUUAGCAUGGUCGUGUCCUUCCUAAAUGUAGCCUGGAGCACAGUGGAUUACUGGCGCUGUUUACGCAGAUCGCUCCCAAACAACACAGAAAUGUCACGUGGAACUCCUACAGUCAUCUACCUGCUUUAUAAACUCUUAACAAUCACCGCCCGCAUUCUGAGCCUCACAAUGUUCAUCAUGCUGACCCCCUGGAGUAUCCUGAUGUUAUUUUUCAUCUGGCUAUCAGUGACAGUGUGGGCUCACAUAGUAAAAACUGAUUUCUGCACGUCGCUGUGUUUGGAGGAGCUUUAUCGCAGCGUCGUCGGUGUCAUUCUUGUCUUCACCUUUUUCAACAUAAAAGGAAAGAAAACCAAAACAGAGAUGAGCAUAUAUUAUGUGAUGAGCAUACUGCAUAACUUUUCAGCUCCCGGUUUCUUGUACCUGUUCAUACCGGUGAUUGCAGAAUCAGAAUUCUUUUUACCAGUUACAGUUUUCAUAUUAAUUUCUAAUACAUUGGGACUGGUAUUCCUGAUCCUGUAUUACAGUGCUUUCCAUCCACGGAAUCAAGACGAGUCAGAUGUAGUGGAUGGAAUGGUCAUGAGGAACACAAAUAGCUCCUCCACAAGUCGUUCAGACAGAUUUUUAAGACUUUAACACAUUGCAGUCUGUGGAUUGAGGACAAUGUUUAAAGCAUCAGGGACACAACAUUUUUAUUUUUUAUAAGGUGAAUGUUUGUACUCUAUGCAAAAAGACUCAGUAACGUUCAGACUUCCCAGUGUGUACAAACUCUUAACCAGAAGUACUCUCCUUGUCCUGUAAAGCGGCUGGAGUUCCACACAGAGAGCUUUUAUGAAAACUGCACAUCCCCCCUUAAACUGUGUGUUUUUAAAAAAUUUUUUUUUAUAUGUGUUCAAGUCUAGUGAGCAGAGCUAAUCUAGUGAAAACUAGAGCAAAGAUAGCAAGUGAAAGCUAACCUAGCAAGUAAGAGCAAACCUAGCAGGUGAAUGCUAACCUAGCAAAUAAGAGCAAACCAAGCAGGUGAAUGCUAACCUAGCAUGUGAAAGCUAACCUAGCAAGUAAGAGCAAACCUAGCAGGUGAAUGCUAACCUAGCAAGUGAAAGCUAACUUAGCAAGUAAGAGCAAACCUAGCAGGUGAAAGCUAACCUAGCAAGUAAGAGCAAACCUAGCAGGUGAAUGCUAACCUAGCAAGUGAAAGCUAACUUAGCAAGUAAGAGCAAACCUAGCAAGUGAAAGCAAAGUUAGUAUGCAAACGUGAACUAGUGAGCAAAAUCUACCUCUGCAAUUAAAGCUAACCUAGGAAGCAAAAGCUAACCCUGUUAGUGAAAACUAACCUCUUGAAUGCUGAUACAUAAUAGAGGGUUGGUUUGAGUGUUGCUAAAGACCAGCACCUGUAGGGAGGAAUCAAGCUGUACAUCAUCAUCAUCAUCAUCAGGAGAGAAAAUAAAACUGUCAUUCCACUAAUGCAUCAUUUAAAAGCAUUUUUUAAAAUGAUUAUUUAUGUGUGUGUGUGUGUGUGUGUGUGUGUGUGUGUGUGUGU